GGGCGGUGGCGGCAGCAGCCCAUCCUCGUCCCAUCCUGCGAGCCGCGACGAUGUUGUCCCUGUGAUUCCAUUGCGAGACGCACACUCCGAGGGCCGCAGGACGACGACGAGGACACCGACAUUGCUGAGGGGCAGCCACGGCGUCGCUGUGGCCAGGAUUGGGCAGCUUCCACGGCUGACCAGCAUUGGCGUAGGCCCGAGGAUCUGCCUGUGGCGCCUGCUCCCGCUCUUGCUCCUGCUCCUGCUUCUGCCUGUUGUCCCGCUCCAGGCCCAAGAUGCACUCCCCGCAGCAGCAGCAUCCGGCGCAGCAGCAACCACGUCGUCGCAGCAGGCUGGGAUACCCCGUGGCGCUGCUAGUGGCGGCCAUGGCCCACACCACGCAACUCAUCGUGUUCCAGCCGCAGGAUUUGACCACCAGGAUAACUCCACCGCAGCCGCAUCAGCCGUUACAGCAACAUCUGAAACCGCAGCAGCAACAGCAGCAGCCGCAGCAGCAGCAACAUCCACAUCCAAGGACGAUGCCGAUGCCGAUGCUGAGGCGAUGCUGCCACAGAUUCCGUCGUAUAUCCGCACAACCGCCAUGUUCUUCUGCAUAGUCAUCAUGCUGCUGGGCGUGGUGGGCAACGUGAUGGUGCCCAUCGUGAUUGUGAAGACGAAGGACAUGCGCAACUCGACGAACAUCUUCCUCACCAACCUGAGCAUCGCCGACCUGCUGGUGCUGCUCGUCUGCACGCCCACCGUCCUCGUCGAGGUUAACACCCGCCCGGAGACCUGGGUCCUCGGCCACGAGAUGUGCAAGGCGGUGCCGUUCGUGGAGCUGACGGUGGCCCACGCCAGCGUGCUGACCAUCCUGGCCAUCUCGUUCGAGCGCUACUACGCCAUCUGCGAGCCGUUAAAGGCCGGCUACGUCUGCACCAAGGGGCGGGCCAUCCUCAUCUGCGCCUUGGCCUGGGGCAUCGCAGCGCUCUUUACGAGCCCCAUUCUGUGGGUGGCCGAGUACAAGCUGGCCGAGUACGUUGAUGGAUCAUCGGUGGCCGUGUGCCUCACGCAGGCCAUCACCGACUGGACGCUCGCCUUCUUCCUGAUGACCAUCUCGGUGUUCUUUGUGGUGCCGUUCGUGACCCUGGUGGUGCUGUACGGCAUCAUCGCCCGGAGUCUGGUCUCCAACCGGGCCGCCAUGCUGCGUGCCCGUCCCACGAAGCCGGAACUCAGUCUGCGGGCCCGCAAGCAGGUGGUCCUCAUGCUCGGCGCCGUGGUGCUGUCCUUCUUCGUCUGCCUGCUGCCCUUCCGGGUGCUCACGCUGUGGAUCAUCCUUAGCACGGACCAGACGCUCCACGACCUGGGCCUGGUGCGCUACUACAGUCUGCUCUACUUCUGCCGAAUCAUGGUGUACCUCAACUCCGCCAUGAACCCCAUUCUCUACAACCUGAUGUCCACGAAAUUCCGUAGGGGCUUUGCGCGGCUUUGUCAGGAUGCUGGACGGCUACUGCUGGACCUGGUCACCCUGGGCAGGCGGGAGGAGUACUCCUCUCGUGGCCGCAGUGGCACCUUGUCCCUGGGCAUGGCCACCAACACGAAUACCACCUCCUCGAACGCCACGGCAGUCACUAGCUCCAGUCUCCUGUCGCGGAGUUCCAAUCGCCGCUGCAGCGAGGACAUCAGUCGCACCCGCCUCAAGAUUGAGAUGCAAAUGCCGUGCGGCAGCGACCUGGAGGCCAUGGCCAUGCUGCAGCACUCGACAUUGGGCAGGGGAAUGGCCAGGCGAGUGAGUGACAGUCGGCAGGCGCGACGCCACAGACUGCAAAUAAGUUUCGAUGAGGAGGCAUUGGACGGAAAGGAAUUGAGUGAGGCAAAAAUCCAGGCUGCAGAACAGAAGGGAACUGAAAUGAAAUAGUAAAUCUACCCAGGAGAGCGAUGAGCGUGAAAAAUCGCCUGUAACCCGUUUACACGCUCGCUUCACUUGGCCGGAAUGUGCCGAUGACGCCGAUUUGAUCCUGGCAAACAAAAAUCGCAACCCGAACGCUUUGGCAGGCCAUAAUCGAUUUCAGUCAACCGUUGACAGCUCCGAGCAUCGCCUUGGACAUUUCCGUACAAAAAACAAUCAAUUUUUCGGGCUAUUAAACUCGAAUGAAUGUGCCAAAGAUAAAUAACAGCAACGACAGCCGAACAGCCGAACAGCACUACAACUACCUAUCACUACUGGUCAGAGUUUGGAGUCGUGCUCUGCAUUGGGGGUAAGCCAUUAAGCGGCAAUACUUUGGAAGAGAGAGGAAGAGGGAAAUGGAAAUGUAAAUGGCUUAAUAUGCGUUUUGGUGCCCCAUCAAGGCGGCGGAUAAACAUGAUUUAGGUGUAUUGGGAUAGUUUCCGUACGACGGCCAUGCGGCCAUUGCGGCCCAAACAAAAUGGCCGCCAUUACACGGGCGGCCAUCACCGGAUGUCCGAAAAAAAAACUGUUGCCUACUUGGCGGCGGCUCAAAUAAAAAGCUUAGCACAUGUAAACACAGCUGUACAUACACCACACACACACACACGCACACACACCUACGCAAACAUAGCUCAAUAUUAAUAUUUAUAUUUAUAUUCAUACGAACAUAUUUAUAUAUACGAUACACUCAGCUUAUAAAUACAACGCCACACACGCACGCACGCACAAGAAGAGCAAAGAGUUUGUAUGUAAGUACGUAAAUAAAUUUUUUAUGACAACUCAUGACGGGUCAAAGGAAUCGUCUUUUUCAACAUUUCCCCAUACAACCGGAACCUCUAAUCAUUUUGCCAGCAGCAGCAGUGUAAUUUAUGUAAUUCCAUGGAAAUCGGACAAAUGCCCAGCCUCUGUAAAUAUACGUAUUAGCUUUUUAAUUUGUUUUCGUAGCCCCAUGACGUAGAUCUCUUUCGUUUUGUAAAGUAAUAAAGUAGAUAGAACCCACACCAUCCUGCGAGUAUGAUGAGUAUGAGCAGACGUUGCCGUUGCCGUUUCCGUUUCCGCUGUAUGAUUAAGUUGAGUGCUUCGCCCCCGAAACUUUUCCAGUAGUUGGCCAUUGAGUAGAUUUUAAAUAUUUGUUUGUUUCCUGCUAGCAGCGCGUUAAAACUUUGCAGACAACACCACCAGCCACCGAAUGCCACUCGCUCGACCCCACUAACACGAUAAAUAUGAUUCUUGCAGUCCCAUCAUCGCCAUAUCCAGCUACAGCGUGGAGCCCUAUGGGGAUGGUACCGACGCCCCCGUU